GCGGCGUCACUCACUGCAGUUUAUCCACCGACAUGCUGGGAUUUAUCAGGGAAAUAAAGGGCCUUUUUAACCUCUUAAACCACCAAGAAUACCGCGUGACCACUCGCUGGAUGUUUGGGGUUCUUCCAGCACGUGCGGAGGAGUAAAAGUGGCUCAAAGUGCCCUGAAGAAAGUGAGUUAUUGCCGGCGAGUAACGGUACUUUGUGGCCGGAGGAAGCGUCUCCUUUUCGGAUAUUUUCCUGGGAUCAUCCGGAGGAUGACGAGCGAAGAGUGAAGAUCUGCAGCUGAUCCAGGACCUGCAAAAUAGAGAUGACGGAGGAGGUGCAGAUGGAGGCUCUGCUCGAGCAGGUGCUGCAGAAGGACCUGGGGGUCAGGAUCAAGGUCGGCCCCGAGGUCACAGAGGUCAUCCUGUCGGAGCAGAGGAGCCCCGACCUGGAGCAGGACCAGAGCCUGGUGGACCGCGUGGUGGACGCUGUGGCCAGCUCCUGGGUCAACUCCAGCAACUUCAAGGUGGUUCUGCUGGGGAUGGACAUCCUGUCGGCGCUGGUCAGCAGACUGCAGGAGAGGUUCAGGACGCAGGUCGGCACAGUUCUGCCGAGCCUCAUGGACCGCCUAGGAGACGCUAAAGAUCAGGUGAGGGAGCAGGACCAGGCGCUGCUGCUGAAGAUCAUGGACCAGGCUGCCAACCCUCAGUUUGUUUGGGAGCGCAUGAUGGGAGGCUUCAAACACAAGAACAACCGCACCAGAGAGGGCCUCUGCCUCUGCCUCAUCUCCACCCUCAACGUGUUUGGAUCCCAGAGUCUGACGCUGAGUAAGAUCGUCCCUCACAUCUGCAACCUGCUGGGAGACCCCACCAGCCAGGUGCGCGACGGAGCGAUGAACUGCCUGAUCGAGAUUUAUCGACACGUCGGAGAGCGAGUGAGGAUGGACCUCGGGAAGAAAGGCCUGCCUCAGUCACGGCUGAACGUCAUCUUCAGCAGAUUUGAUGAAGUGCAGCGGUCGGGGAACAUGGUGUCUCCUCUGUCCGACAAAGCCUUCGAAGACGAUGACUCGGGGGACGGCGGCCGCUCCUCUUCCUCGUCCAGAGGAGGGAAGAAGACUCUGAGCAUGGGUUCCUUCAGGAGAACCGGAUCCAGCAGCAAGUCUGCAGGGAGGGACGGCUCUGCAGCUGGAGCGGUGGACGACGAGGAUUUCAUCCAGGCCUUCGAGGACGUCCCCACGGUGCAGAUCCACUCCAACAGGGAGGUGGAGGAGAACAUGACGAAGAUCCGGGACGUCCUGUCUGACGAUAAGAAGGACUGGGAGCUCCGGGUGGCCGCGCUGAAGAAGGUUCGCUCGCUGCUUCUGGCCGGCGCUUCAGACUUCGAUGUGUUUCCUCAGCAGCUGCGUCUGAUGGAGGCGGCGUUCAAACUGUCCGCCAAGGACCUCCGCUCCCAGGUGGUGAGGGAGGCCUGCCUCACCAUGGGCCACCUGUCUCUGGUCCUCGGGAGUCGUUUCGAUCACGCUGCGGAGGCCAUCAUGCCCAUCCUCGUCACUCUGGUCUCCAACAGCGCCAAGAUCAUGGCGUCCUCCGGCACGGCCGCCAUCCGCCUCAUCCUCAAACACACACACUACCCGCGUCUCAUCCCCGUCAUCACCAGCAACUGUAUAUGCAAAUCUGUGGCUGUCAGACGGCGCUGCUUUGAGUUCCUGGAGCAGCUGCUGCAGGAGUGGCAGAGCAGCUCUCUGGAGAGACAUGGGACAGUUUUAAUGGAGACGAUAAAGAAAGGGAUCCACGAUGCAGACGCAGAGGCUCGAUCCGUGGCCAGAAAGUGCUACUGGAGUUACCAGGCUCACUUCAAGCGGGAGGCGGAUCAGUUGUUCCAGAGUCUGGAGGCGUCCUAUCAGAAAGCUCUGCAGGCGCACCAGAGAGGGGGGGAGAACAGCGUGACAUCACUUCCUGCCAGCGACCGAUCCUCCUCCUCCUCCCAGGAGAGCCUCAGUCGACCCCCGCCUGUAAAAAACACGUUUGGAAGCGGCUCAACAAGAACCAAAGCCUCCCACGGUCGCCCUCCAGUACCCGCCCCUCCCCCCUCCCUCCAGCGCUCUCGCAGUGAUGUGGAUGUGAACGCCGCCUCGUCCUCCGCCCGCAGGAUGCCCGCCGUGCCGGCAGCCUUUAGCUCCGCCUCCACCCUCCCCCCCGGAUCCUAUGCCUCCCUGGACGGCUGCUCGUCUGUGAGUGCAGACGGUCGCGUUCGGACCCGGAAAAUGACCUCAGGGAACGCUUCCUGUGUGACGGACAGCCGGGGGCGGAGCCGCGGGAAAAUCUCAUCCCACUCUCAGCCCGGCAGCAGGUCAGGCUCUCCCGGGCGUUUGCUGAGCUCCACAUACGGCCCACGGACCUCUCGGCUGAACGCUGGCCCCCCCCUCGCCGGCAGCAUCCCCCCCGGCCUCAUUGACCUCCGACCCCGAGGCCACCGGAGCCAGGGCUGCAGCCGAGAGACCAGCCCCAGCCGGGCCGCCAAAGCCCAGAGCAGGAUCCCUCGACCCAGCAUGAGUCAGGGCUGCAGCCGAGAGACCAGCCGAGACACCAGCCCCGCCCGGGGGUUCUCCCCCCUGGACCGGCUCGCCCAUCAGGCUCGGAUGUCGGCGUCCGUUAACGCCAUGAAGGUCCUGAACACCGGCAGCGAGGUGGAGGAGGCCGUCGCCGACGCUCUGCUGUUAGGAGACUCCAGGAAUAAGCGUCGUCCGGUCCGGAGACGGUUCGAGUCCCCGGGGAUCUACUCUGACGACGACGCUAACAGCGACGCGUCCUCCGACCGCUCCUUCAGCUCCAGGAACGGAUCGCAGAGCUUCCUGAGGCAGACGGAGGACGUGGCGGAGAUCCUGAACCACUGCGCCAGCGCCAACUGGACCGAGAGGAAGGAGGGGCUGCUGGGCCUGCAGAACCUCCUGAGAGGACAGAGGACGCUCAGCCGGGUGGAGCUGAAGAGACUUUGUGAGAUCUUCACCAGGAUGUUUGCAGACCCUCACAGCAAGGUGUUCAGCAUGUUCCUGGAGACCCUGGUGGACUUCGUGCUCCUGCACAGAGACGAUCUGCAGGACUGGAUCUUCGUUCUGCUCACUCAGCUGCUGAAGAAGAUGGGGGCGGAGCUACUGGGCUCCGUUCAGGCCAAAGUGCAGCGGGCGCUGGACGUCACCAGGGAGUCGUUCCCGUACGAGACGCAGUUCAACAUCCUGAUGCGGUUCAUCGUGGAUCAGACGCAGACCCCCAACCUGAAGGUGAAGGUGGCCAUCCUGCGCUACGUUCAGGCUCUCUCUCAGCUGAUGGAUCCCGCAGACUUCUCUAACUCCAGCGAAACACGACUCGCCGUCUCUCGGAUCAUCACCUGGACCACGGAGCCCAAGAGCUCCGACGUACGCAAGACCCUCCACAGCUGGGGGGGCGACGAGGUCUCAGGUCCACCCAGCACCGUGGGGGGGACACACCUGGAGGACAGGUGUAAACAGGCUGCUCAGGUGGUGCUGAUCUGUCUCUUUGAGCUGAACACUCCUGAGUUCACCAUGCUGCUCGGCGCCCUGCCCAAAACCUUCCAGGAGGGAACGACCAGACUGUUACACAACCACCUGAGGAGCAGCAUGGUGUCCUCUGGUUCCCCUGCAGGCCGGACCCCCCCUCGCCCCCUCACCUCCCCCACAAACUGCUCCCCGGGGGGUCUCUCUCCCAGCCUGCUGGAUCUGGACAGUGAGAUCUUAAACGCUGAGGAGAUCUUCUCGUCUCUGCGAGGCGUCACUGAGGCCAUCCAGAACUUCAGCUUCCGCAGCCAGGAGGAGCUGACGGAGCCCCGGAGGGACGGCAAGGGAGGUGUUGGAUUGUCCCCAGACUCUGAGGUUUUGGGGGGGGGGCGCACGGCGCUGGACAAUAAGACGUCUCUGCUGAACACGCCCCCCCCACGCUCCUUCUGCGGCCCCCGCUUCAGAGACUACAACCCGUUCAACUACUGCGACAGCAUCGGAGCGAUGGAGGACGACGGAAGCAGACAGGAGUCUGUGGAAAACAAGAUGAGCCCCAAGAGCUUCCCAGUGGUCCCCGCGGAGCAGCUGCAGCUGGUGGGGGAUCUUCUGAAGGAGCUUUCUAUUGGCCAGGCAGAGGAGAGGCGUGGCCAAGAGGAGAAGAGGCGGGGCCUAGAGGAGAGGAGGGGCACCCUGCUGGAGCUCCUCAAAGUGUCCCGAGAGGACAGUAUGGUGGUCUGGGAGGAACAUUUCAAAACCAUGUUGCUGCUGCUGCUGGAGACGCUGGGAGACAAAGACCACACGAUCCGGGCUCUGGCUCUCCGAGUCCUGAAGGAGAUCCUGAGGAACCAGCCGGGGCGUUUCAAGAACUACGCAGAGCUCACCAUCAUGAAGACGCUGGAGGCGCACAAAGACUCACACAAGGAGGUGGUGCGAGCAGCAGAGGAAGCGGCCUCCACGCUGGCGUCCUCCCUGCACCCGGAGCAGUGCAUCAAGGUGCUCUGCCCCAUCGUGCAGACGGCCGACUACCCCGUCAACCUGGCCGCCAUCAAGGUGCAGACAAGGGCCAUCGAACGCAUCGCCAAGGACCCUCUGCACCUGCUGCUGAACGACAUCAUCCCGGGACUCCUGCAGGGCUACGACAACACGGAGAGCAGCGUGAGGAAGGCGAGCGUCUUCUGCCUCGUGGCCAUUUACUCUGUGAUCGGAGAGGAGCUGAAGCCGUACCUCGCCCAGCUCACAGGGAGCAAGAUGAAGCUUCUCAACCUGUACAUCAAGAGAGCUCAAACCUCCACCUCCACCAGCAGCAGCUCCUCCGACAUCUCCUCCUACUGACCCUCCUCUUCAUCACCCCUCCUCUUCAUCACUUAUUCACUCCUAAAACCCUCCUCUUCCUCCUCACUCCAUUCCUUUAAUAACUUUCCAAAACCUUCCUCUUCCUCACUUCUUCACUCCUAAAACCUUCCUCUUCCUCACUACUUCACUUUCCAUUCCGAACACCUCCUCUUCCUCCCUCCUCUUCCUCUUCAGUUCUAGUGAGCGUCGAGGUGAAGUCUCUCACCUGAGAAUCAGUGUUUUGAAAUCCUCUCCUUUGCUUUGACACAUCAAACCUUCUCGUACUGAAUGUAAAGACUCUCCUCUCCUGAAACACUGCCUCACUUUUUAACGUGCAUUUGAUGAAGUUUGAGAAAAGACAGUGGCUGAGAAAGAAGGGUCCAGAAACACUCUGAAAUCUGACGCGUUUGAAUGCGUCUAACAGAAGAAAGGGUGUUCACUUCCUGCAGUCAUGUUCUUGUUAGUUUAGGGAUCAUUUGGCUGGCCAAUGGUUUGAGUUUGGGCUCCAGUGUUUGUAUUUAAAGUAGUGGGAAUCAUUGUUUCUGUGUGACAGCUAAAUCACAUUUAGUAUUAAUAUAUAAACCAAGGAAAUAGGAUCCAAUCAUGUUGCCUUUGCACAGCUGAGUUACAAAUCAGUGUUAUUUUGAAAUCUACAUAAUUAACAGUCUUAACGAGCUGUAGGGAUUUCAGUUAGAAAAAAAUACAAUGCACAUAUUUCAAAAAUCACACACACACACACACACAUA